UUUAGACCAGAAAAGUGCGCGGGAGCCGGGCGGCGACGUGCCAUCGCGCAGGCGCGGCCGGGGGGCGGGCUACUACUUAGGAAUCUCGGCGAACCCCUCUCUGCACUGCAUUUUCUUCCAUUCGCCGCCAUGGCCGCCUACAAGCUGGUCCUGAUCCGGCACGGCGAGAGCGCCUGGAACCUGGAGAACCGCUUCAGCGGCUGGUACGACGCCGACCUGAGCCCCGCGGGCCACGAGGAGGCGAAGCGCGGCGGGCAGGCCCUGCGAGAUGCUGGCUAUGAAUUUGACAUCUGCUUCACGUCGGUGCAGAAAAGAGCCAUUCGGACCCUCUGGACAGUGCUGGAUGCCAUUGACCAGAUGUGGCUGCCCGUUGUGAGGACUUGGCGCCUCAAUGAGCGGCACUAUGGCGGUCUGACUGGCCUCAACAAAGCAGAAACAGCUGCCAAGCAUGGUGAGGCCCAGGUUAAGAUCUGGAGGCGCUCCUAUGAUGUCCCCCCACCACCCAUGGAGCCUGACCACCCCUUCUACAGCAACAUCAGUAAGGAUCGCAGAUAUGCAGACCUCACUGAAGAUCAGCUGCCUUCCUGUGAGAGCCUGAAGGACACCAUUGCCAGAGCCCUGCCCUUUUGGAAUGAAGAGAUUGUGCCCCAGAUCAAGGAGGGCAAACGGGUUCUGAUCGCAGCCCACGGCAACAGCCUUCGGGGCAUUGUCAAGCAUUUGGAGGGUCUCUCUGAAGAGGCUAUCAUGGAGCUGAACCUGCCCACCGGUAUCCCCAUUGUCUAUGAACUGGACAAGAACCUGAAGCCCAUCAAGCCCAUGCAGUUACUGGGGGAUGAGGAGACCGUGCGUAAAGCUAUGGAGGCUGUGGCUGCCCAGGGCAAGGCCAAGAAGUGAAGGCAAGCAGGCAGAACAUCUCCCUGGGACCUCCCUGCCUGCCUGCCCCCCCAUUCCUCUGCACCCGUCCCCUACACGAUACACUGACCACAUCUGUAGGCACCUUAGGUUGUAGCUGCAGGUGGGGACUGGUGGCCCUGCUUUCCUCUUAGUCAUUCUGUCUCCUGCACCACUCCCUUCACAGUAUCUAGUCAGGACAGCAACCAUGGAGGCUCUUGUGCAAGCAGAGGGAGGGGCCCUCUAUCCCUGCAGUUGAGAGAUCUGAAGGCCCCUAUGUGAGUGCUCUACUUCCUAAGGGCCUGUUGGAGAAGGAAAAGGGUGGAGCCACGCGAAGGGCUGGCCAAGGGGAGAGCAGGAGGGUCUGCUGUGUUCCCAGGAGCCGGCCCUGGGCCCUUCCACAGGCAGGUGGCUGCCUCAAGAGCAUGGGGGCUUUAGUCAUUCCAGUGGAAGGUGAAGAAACCUACCCUGGUGAUCACAAAACAAACCCCACCGCUUCCUCCCUGACCUAAGAGGAGCUGGCUCCAGAAGGUUGGGGUCAAGCCAGAAAUAAAUUAAUGUGAUGCAUUUACUUUUAACAACAAAAAAGUGAGUGUAUAUGUACAUACAUAAACCUGGUACUAAAACAAAAGCCCCUUGGGGUUCCCAGUGGUGUUUCAAAUAGCCUCCCAUGUGGUCACCAGAAAACAAGCCAUUCCUUGCAUCAAUAUGGGAUGAACCUGGCCUCCGAGGGGUAGGAGUGCCUCCUGUGUGUCUUGGGAUUCCCCCCUGCCUUGUCUUGUGGCAGUGUCCAAGUGUGUCUUGCUGUCUGGUUCUGAAUCAUGUUUUCCUAGCUGCUUGGCCCUCCCUCGUGGGCCCAGUAUUCAUUUUGAGCAUAACUGUACUAAAUCUUUUCGAGAACAGAGUAAUAAAGGAGUGAUGUGCAAUA